AUGGCCAAGGUGCACCCCAACGCCGCCGCCGUCGCGGCAGAGCUCGCCACACCCACUACCACCACCACCACCCGACCUGCUGCGGACCAAGAAACGGAACCGCCCACGGUGCUGACAGUAUGGCGCAAGUCGCUGCUCUUCAACUGCGACGGCUUCACCGUCUACGACGCCAGGGGCGUCCUCGCCUUCCGCGUCGACUGCUACGCCGCCUCCCGGAGGCGCGCCGAGGUCGUGCUCAUGGACGCCGCGGGGGCGCCACUCCUCACGGUACGCCGUAAGAGGCUCAGCCUGGCGGAACGCUGGCUCAUCUACGACGGCGCCGACGCCGGCACCACGCCGCCGCCUCGCCCUCUUCUCUCCGUCUGCCGCCACGUCGGCGGCCUCCACUCCUCCGGCAGCGGCAAGACGCUGGCGCGCGUCGUCAUGCCCACCGCCACAUCCGAGGCGUUCGUGGUCGAGGGCUCGUACGGCCGGCGUGCCUGCGCCGUGCGCGACGCGCGCGGCGACGUCGUGGCCGAGGUGCGGCGCAAGGAGGCCGUGGGCGACGACGUGUUCAGGCUCGUGGUGAGUCCCCGCCUCGGCGCGCCGCUCGCCAUGGGGCUCGUCAUCGCCCUCGACGAGAUGUUCGGCGGCCGCGGCUCGGCGCGCUCGUGGCUGCGCAGCGCGUGCUAG